CGCCUGGCAGCUGCAACGGGAGUGGAAGUUUGACAGCGGCGGACAAACAAGGAAAGGAGAGGUGUGAAAGGAGACUUUUUUGCCUGUCCUCCACCUCUGUACUAUUAAAGUUGACAGCUCUGUAUCCUGUCGAGAUUGUUUAAAAAUAUGGUCAGAUUGCAUCGAGUUGUGCACUGCAAGUCUAAUGCAUAGGGUGGUUCCGGGCCCUGUCCACCAUCAUCAUGGUAGACAUGGAGCGCCCGUACCGCCCUCCGUCCCCACUGGAGGACCCUGUGCUGGAUAGCCCACUCUGCAAAGACUUUAUGGGGGGUGUGGGGGACCUGCAAGACAUCUCACAGUCCAUCAACGAAGAGACCCUGAGCAGUCUGGCUGUGCCUGGGUCCCGCUCAUCUGGCCUGUGCUCCAGCUCAGAGAGCUCCACUGUUCUAGAUGCCUUGACCCCAGCCUCAAGUCCAUCUUCAGGUGUGUGUGGAGCCAUAGCAGGCCAGGAGGAAUUCACCUCCUCCUCUUUGAAUCUGGAGUGCCGUGUGUGUGCAGACCGAGCCUCGGGCUACCACUACGGAGUCCAUGCCUGCGAAGGCUGCAAGGGCUUCUUCAGGCGGACCAUCCGCCUCAAGCUGGAAUAUGACAAGUGUAACCGCCACUGUAAAAUCCAGAAGAAGAACCGCAACAAGUGCCAGUACUGCCGCUUUCAGAAGUGCCUGUCGGUGGGCAUGUCCCACAAUGCUAUCCGCUUUGGCCGGAUGCCCCAGUCGGAAAAGCUGAAGCUGAAGGCGGAGAUUCUGACAUGCGAACGGGAAGUGGAGGAUCCUCAGCUAGCUGACCAGAAAACAUUGGCCAAACAAAUAUACGAGGCUUAUCUGAAGAACUUCAGUAUGAACAAAUCCAAAGCACGAACCAUCCUGACGGGCAAGACAAGCACACCACCUUUUGUCAUUCAUGACAUGGAGACCCUGCAGCUGGCUGAGCAGACCCUGGUGGCCAAGAUGGUGGGCAAUUCAGGGGGCCUGCUCAAUAAAGAGGCCGAGGUGCGCAUCUUCCACUGCUGUCAGUGCACAUCUGUGGAGACCGUCACUGAACUCACAGAGUUUGCAAAGUCUGUGCCAGACUUCUGCAACCUGGACCUAAACGAUCAGGUAACUCUCCUGAAGUAUGGUGUGUAUGAGGCUCUUUUUGCUAUGCUGGCCUCCUGCAUGAACAAGGAUGGUCUGCUGGUGGCCUAUGGAAGUGGCUUCAUCACCAGGGAGUUCCUCAAGAGCUUACGGCGGCCAUUCAGUGACAUGAUGGAGCCCAAGUUCCAGUUUGCCAUGAAGUUCAACGCCCUAGAACUGGACGACAGUGACCUGGCUCUGUUUGUGGCUGCUAUCAUCUGCUGUGGAGAUCGGCCAGGCCUGGUGAACAUCCCUCACAUUGAGCGCAUGCAGGAGAGCAUCAUCCGUGUGCUUCAGGUGCACCUACUGAACAACCACCCAGACAAUGCCUUCCUCUUCCCCAAACUGCUGCAGAAACUAGCCGAUUUGCGUGAGCUCGUCACUGAGCAUGCCCAGUUAGUGCAGGAGAUCAAGAAGACCGAGGAUACAUCCCUGCAUCCUCUGCUACAGGAGAUCUACAGAGACAUGUACUGAGGAAGACACGUAUGGCUACGCGCUCAAUCCCUGGCCCUUUUUGUGGGGUAUGGCUUGGGGAAAGGGCAAGAGGGGAGGGGCAAGUUCAGCCCUACCCUUCCCUGAUGAUUGAGGGCUUGUCUGGGAAUGCAGAGGCUCAUUUGUUCCAAGAAGAAAUAAGGAUAUGCUCUCAAGGGCCUCUUGAAUGCAUCCCUGCUAAAGAAACACUGUAACUCUAUCUGAAGGGUUGCCAGUAAACCACUAUACAGAGAACACAAUAAUGUCAAGGGUAAGAAACCAGCCAGCUGGAUGUACAGAAGUGAUGUUUUUGACUAGAACCUUCCUGUCUUUGAGGGAUUUGCGGGGGGCAGUUUCAGACUGGUCUGAUAUGUUUUUUUAUGAUACUUUUAUGAUCUGUUUGAUACUUCAUAAAAGAUUGCACACCGACCUGCACAGACUGCAAAAAAAACGUCUGGAAACAGACCUCUUUAUGCAGCAAUAUGUCUUUAUCCUUGAAACUGAAAUUAGUAAUACAGACCUGUAAUAUGUACAUAGUAGAACAGACAUAACUGGUAUAAAAACAGUUUAUGGAUCAGUAAGUGUUGGCAGAUCUGCAUGAAAUCUGUAUUACUUGAAUCAUUACAUUAACUGGCCUCCCACAGAUUAUCACAAAGAGCACACAAGUGACUUCAGGGCAGACCUCCGGUUACUGCUGCAGUGCACUCUGCAAAUAAAUAAAUAAAUAAAUAAACAGGAAAGCAUGAAAAAGAAAGGAAAAAGUUGUAAAAGUUGUAGGAUUAUGUGUGUCGUAAAAGAUGUUGAAGGGCAGCUCCCUCUGUUAGCAUUUGUGCCUCAAGCCAGCAGUCCCUUCACACACGCCAGCUCAGUGACCCUUUUAGGUCACCUGAAUCUUAGCAUCAGCCCCUGACAUUAGGAGGCAUAUGUUUCACACCACUCAGAAUAAAAGUGCUGUGGUAGGGUCAGUUGUUGUUUCUAUGGAUGAGGAGAGCUGAUCCAGGCUCAGUGAUGUUACUGUAUGUUCUAAACAGGCCUGUUCUGGCACUUUGUAGCCUCUAAUAUAUUUCUAAGGCUUUUUUACCAGUUAUGAUUAAUUUGGUAAAUUUGUUUGUUUUAAUGUCUGUCAUCAGUGGCAGCCAGACACUGACCAUGCCACAAGGUGAAGCAAAAAAUGUUCUGACACUCCUUUUGUAAGAUAACGUUCCUUUAUUUACUAUAAAAUUGGUAAAAAAUAAAAUAAAAAGAAAAAAAAAAUUGUUUAGCAUUGUAGUUAUAGCAAAAACAUCACUCCCAAGAAAUAGAUGAGUACCCAGAUGCGGCCUGCAUCUGACCCAGUCUUUCUAGUGUACUGACCCAGUCUAAAGUGUUGUAGAUAGCAGUUUUGUUCACUGUGUACAUGCAUCUAUGCAGUUUCCCUGCACAAGAUGGUCUGCCCAGAUCACAUACCUCUCCGUCAAUGCCUUUAGAGAAACUAUACCUGCACCUCUUUCCAUACUAUGCUAUCAUUUUAACAAGCUGAUGUUUAAUUAAACUAAGCUAGCAAGUUAAGCUGCUUUUGAAUUUUUUGAGAAAGCAGUCUUUUUAGAUGAAUUUCUUGCUAUAGAUUUUUUGUUGUAGCAGUACCUGUCACCUUUUAUCUCUUUCUUCUGUUUUCCAUAUUUGUCUUUGGGUGAGUCCCAAUGUCUCCAUAUCCUCCCUCAAUUAAGGAUUUCAGUCACAGAUGGCCUGUCUAUUCUUCAUCUCAGAAACAAUUCAGUCCUGAUGCAGGGUGACUGCUUGAAUCAGGGAUGAUCAGGCUGCUUUGCACAUUCUGGCCAUGCCAGUCAGACAAACAGUAUGUAACAUACAAAGGAGGAACACUAGAUGACAAUUCACAAGAUUUUGUUUAACUUAGGACUGAUAUGGGGUGAAGUGCCUGAAAUAGGAGUAAUGGGAUCAAGGUUUUUCUACCAUCUCUGGUUGUCCCAGCAACCACAGCAAGCAAACUUGCCUGGUUUGCUACUUACUUGUAAUAUACUGAAAAUGGAAAUACUCAACCAUUUUUUGUUCACAACCACAGCAGGUUUUGCUGUUACUGUCAGAACAACCACACCAAAAAUGUUUGUUUUUUGGGGGUUUUUGGUAAGUAGAAACUUAUGGAUGGGUUUAAUUUAUACAUCUUUUGCAUGUUCGGGCAUGGUAAAAAGCUGUCAGCCAGAUUAUUGUGAGCAGUAAAUGGUGACAGCUUUUCAACAGACAUUUUUGCCUUAUGCCUGUGUAAUCUUGUAAUUAUGGGAGGGUGUUAGGUCAUACUGAAAGCAACUGAUAAAGCUUACUGAUUUUUCAAAACUUUGGUAUACGUUCUUUAAUCAGCAUUAGGUGUUAAUUAAAUCAACAUUAAAGGUUAACUGCCAUUUUAUUAAAAUCAAGUGUUGAUGAUAAACAACAUCAACAAAAAACCUAAAUAGUUUAGUCGUGCAUUUUUAUCGGACGUCUCAUAACUGUAGAGAUGUCCACUUUACUAAUUUAAAUGAAACCAAGGUGAGACAUGAAAUAAAGACGUUUAUCCACUAAAACCACAGCUGAUUUACAUAGCUGAGUCUAUCUGAUUUCCCAUAUAUAUCCAUGAAAUACUUUGUUUGAAUCUAUUUGAGCAGGUCAAAAUGCUCCUAUACAUCAGCUCAGAUGUAAUUGUUCACUUCACUUGUGUUCUUGGACUUCUGAUUUCAACCUGAUUUCAAGAGGCCCAUCUCAAAUCAUGAACAGUAUGCAAUAGAGCCUGACAUUAAGCAUGUUUAAAGUUGUGAAAAAAUCUGCUUUGAUUGUGGGAAUCUUAAAAUCUUUCACAUUAAAAAUCUGCUGUAACUGUAAUUCUAAAAAGGGCUAUUCCAUGUUAAACCUGCAGAAAUUAGGAGACUGCAGAAAAAGGCACCACAAGAUGAAAUGAAAAAUUAUUCUAACAGCACAGUAACAUGUUUGGGUUAUGGCACCAGUCCUUUUUCAUUCUUAGUCAUUCUAAGAAGUUACAAUUUGGUUAUUAAAUAUUCAACAUAACAGACCAUGCAAUAGGUUUAACAAUAUGACAAAUACAGUUAGUCCACACCAUAGUAGUUCCACAUUAUAUGAAAGAUGAUUCUUAGUGCUCUGAAAGGCAAGGGGGAAAACAUGGUUUCUUGUUUUAUUUUAUUUUAUUUUAUACCAUCAAUAAGUGCAUUAAACAAAAAGUCACAAAUGCAAAGUAAUCGCAAUGUUAUUGCUCGCUAACAUUUCCAUGAAAACUUGGGCAGCAAAGCCAAAGCAAUGCAGUUGCAUUAAUUCCUGCUGCCUCAGUCUUCUAUAUGCAUUUUGCUCUUAGCAUGCAAGUAGCCUGUGCAUGUUCACACUUGUUGCAUCUUAAAUGUUGCCUCUUUACUCAUGGAGGUUGUUUACCUGUAGAGAUGACCUUUCCCGUGUAUCACUAGCCAUUCCUCAAUGGGUCACUGUGAGAUCUAAUUAAGAUAUGAUAGGAUCUAGGACAGAUGGAAUGCCUUUAUUUGGACGUAUAUACAUAUACACGGGUACAGUUCAAUGAAAUGCUUCUCUUUGCAUAUCCCAGCUUCUUUGUGAGCUGUGUAUACUUUAUAUAGCCUGUUUGUUAAAACUACCCUGCACAUAUUAUAUUGUGUUAGUGACAACUUCCCUCUUAAGAUCUUAUUGGCACUACUGAGGAUUCAUUGCACUGUGGUGUAUUAGUUUUCAAUAGUAUACAUAAAGUCAGAUCAUUCAGUAGUGGUCCUCAAAUCCCAGGCCUAUAGGUCUGUUUGUACAUGCUCCCUUUAUCUAGGAGCCCAGUGGGAUGGCUCAGUGGCCAGGCAGUUACAUUAACUGUUCACUUAAAUACCAGGGAUUGCACAAUCCAGGACCAGAUUCAGAUUAGUGGUCCAGGUCUGAGUUGCACUGGGCUAGAGCAAGUGUGCACAACACACUAUUAUGGUUGUUUUUAAUGGUGUUUGAGCUUUCUAUACUAAGGCUAAACCAUCCCUAUUAAUGUUGUGAAAUAAACAUGAUUGUUUUAGAGUGCCCUUAGAAUAGCCAAAUGGCUAACCAGCUAAUAGACUGUACUGUCCUGAAGAGAAAUUCUCAUGUUCUUUUUUGUGUACUGCAAUAGCAUCACUCAGCAAAGAUCCAGAGAUAUGUUAUAAUCUCAUAGCCACUCUUGAUGUAGACCUUUUUGUCUAAAUACCAUCUUGUCUAAAAGUUCUCAUACUAAGAAAUCUUGGGUCAUUUUUCACACUCAGUCAUGAAUAUUACAAGUCUUGGUAAAGGUGUUUUUCUCUAGCUCAGUAUGAGGUCUAUGAGUAUACAAUCCUAGAAUUUAUUGGUAUGGUCAAAUGUUCUAUUCACUAUGGAGUGUAUUAGUUUUUAGCCCAUAUAACAGACUUUGGUCUCAGGUAGAACUGUUAGAAGAUCCGUAAUUAAGGGCAACCUUAACCCGUUUUGUUGUUGUUGUUGUUUGUUUGUUUUUUCUCAUAACUUUAACUUGACACAAAUCAAGCCAAACAAUUUAUAAAUCGAAUGAUUUUCUCUAUUCAUGGUGCAUUCUGUAACAGUACUGUUGUAUUGUCAGGAAAUUUCAGAAACAAGCUGGAGUAUUUUUUUUGUAUGUCUGUGGUUCCUAUGUCUAGUUUCAUUCAUGAUUUCAUAUUUUAGAUUAGCUACUUUACUAAUGCUGAACAUUAUGUUCAGAUUGAUUAGCAAAUACAGUUUCAGUAUUUGGACCAUGAUAAACUAUUUGUCCCAGUGACUCGCUCCAUUGGAGAAUUUAAAUUCAAGCUAAUAGCUUUAGUAUAUCUGUCCCCCUGCUCAUCAGGGAAUAUGUAAGGAAGGCUGGUAAAUGGUAUAAAUUAGAAGGUGUUUUCCUUCUUAGGAAAUAUCAGUUCAAUCAGAAUCAUAACUUCAGGCACAUUAUCAAUCAGCAUAUGAUCAAUUACUUAAAUGUCUGCAUUUGCAUAUGAAUAUGGUCCUAUUCUGAAUUACAUAUAAAUUUGGAUGUCAUUUUUACUGCCUGUGUACACAUAAGCAAAUACACCAGACCAUUUCUGAAUAUGAUCGUUUACCCAUUUUUUAUGGUAAGGAUAUCAGUAGUUAAAAAGCAGGUAAAAAUCUGUAUUUUAAAAAUACUUUUGAUAAGAUGUUAUGGUCACAUCCCCCCCACCUUGUAUAUAUGACAGAUUUGUUCAUGCUAUUCUCAAAGGCAAGAAUUUGUCUUUGGCUUUUAAUAGAUUAAAUGAAUAGUGAACAGCAAAUAUUUCAUUUAAAUAAACAUGGAGCUCAGAUAUUUGAAAGUUACACUUUACUUUGGAAUUAAAAGGCACAGUAUGAUCUAUAAGGGAUUUUAUUGAUACUGUAUCAGGGAAAAUGUGUAUUGUAGUCUUCCUGAAUUUACCAUAGCUCAGGUCCCAAGAAGGCAGACAAUGUUUCUACCCUUCAUAGCCCAACUUCUGUCAACCUGUGGCAUGUAAACUUUAAAGACACUUGAUAGUCAAAUGCAAAUUUAUAGCAGGUGUUCCCUGUCUUUUUAACUCACUACUGUGGAAACCUCCAGUGGUAUUUAUUUUUCUUUUUUUUUUAGCAGCACUAGCCUUUGAAAAAAGUGUAUAUAGUCAGUGAAUUCACAAGUAAUCCAUUGUAUCAAAAUGAAAUAAACUAUCUUUGUAAAAAUCA